UCUUUCUCCCUCUGUCGCGAAAACCUAAACAGCACUCUCUUUCUCUCUCUGCAGUCAAUGUUAGGGUUUGUUGAGGGGGUUCUUGAAGGUGAAAGAGAGGGUUUCUUCGUUAAAUGCUCUCUCCCUUCAACAAUCUCUCAAUUCCCUCUCUUUUCAUGUCUUCAAUCGACGUCUUUCUCUUCUCCUCUGCUCCUUCAGGGCCUCAAAAAACCCUAAUUCUUGGUUUCGAUUCUGACUUUUUUCACAUACUUCCUCCUCAUUCUCAAUCCUCUCAGACAAAAUUCGUGCUUUUCUUUAGGUGUUUAUGGGAUUUCCAAUUUGGUUAUGUGCGCAAAACGAGUGAUUCUAAGCCUCUCCAAUCAAUUUCCAAGUCUGGAAUUGCAUAACAGAGAGCAGAAUGGUCGGGUUGAUGAUUUAUCAGCUUCUAAGGUAAAGGGGGAACUACAUAAGUGUUUGAAUGAGCCUGUUACAGUUGCUACGGUCUUGUUGCCUCGUGGUUUAAUCAAUUCAGGGAAUCUGUGCUUUCUCAACGCAACGCUACAGGCUCUUCUAUCCUGUUCUCCUUUUGUUCAGCUUCUGCAGGAAUUGAGAACUCGCAAAGUGCCUAAGAUUGGGUGCAUUUGCAGAGUUCGUCUCUGAAUUUGACAUGCCUAGUGGUUCAAGUUCAAAGA